CAAAAACGACUGUUAUUCAUACGAAACUGAAAAUAUACAAAUAAACACAUCCAAAGCAAACGUUGAUCAGGUCCAAAAAUGAUCUAGUAGCUUUGUAGAAGGAGAUAUUGAGAACGUGGUUAAGAAAUAAAUAUCUAAUAUUUUUUUGAAAAUUAUAUUAAUGUCCCGUGCUAUGGUUAUACAUCAUAAAUAUUAGAUAUUUAUUCCUUAACACUAGAACGCCCGUAGCGGUCAUUUUCACCGUUUUGUGAGUUUUACUCUUAAUAAAACAAACUGCGUAUGAAUAACAGUCGUUUUUGUCUCAGUUUCCACUAUUCAUACAAACAAUAACUGAUUAUUAUUUCAUGUCACACAUAUUUUUUCACGGUCAUCUACUAUAGUUCAUUUUACAUUUGGAACAGUAAUUAGAAACAUAAACAAUGUGUAAUACAAUAAACCGAUUAUCAAAAUCAUUGGCGUAUAGACUACUGAUAUAUAUAUUUGUGAAACAGGAGAAAAAACACAUCUCGUUUUAACACCAGAACACAAGACGUUAUUUGGACUAGCACACGUUUGCAACACUCCAUCACGUGAAAACUGCAUCGCUUAUGGAAAAGCGCUAAUUAACAUUGCAUCAGCUGAUGGCUUUUUAGGUGAUGAAGAAUUAAAUUGGGUUUUGGGUUAUAUAGCUGCCAUAGGUGCUACCGCAGAUGUCAUAGAAAAUAUAAAAGCCUACAAAGCAAAUUCUGAACAAUUUGAUGAUAUAUUCAAGAAUGUACAAGCCACAACUAGUUCAAAAACGGGUUUAAUCUAUGACGGUUUUAAAGCAGCAUCGGCCGAUAAUGUUUUACAUGAAAAAGAAAAAGAAGCCAUUUCUAAAUUAGCCGACAAAUUUGGAUUAAAGCCAAAUGUCAUCGAACAAAUUGAACAAAUAUUCCGAGAUGAACAACAAUUAAAACAAAAAAGAAUUCAGUUACUCUUUCCAGAUGGUUAUCCAGAUUUCACCAAGUAUAAAACAAGAACUGCUUGUGCUGAUAGUGAAAAAGCUGAAUUAUUUGCAGAUUUUUUCAAGCAAGAGGUUUAUAAAGCCAAAGAAGAUGAUGUUCCGUUUCACUACCACGUUACAAAUACAGUACAAACUAAAAUAAACAAUGUAUUAAAGCAAAAGAAUAUCGAAACCCCAGAAAUAACGGCAAACGUGGUAUUUAAAACGGUUGAAAAACACGUCACCCGGACCAGACAACGUACACAACAGGUAUCGCAAAAACUUCAUACCGUCACUCGUUCAUUAUCUAAUAAAGCUGUUCACCAGCAGCAUAUCUCUUGGUUACAGGUCUAUCAGCCUUCUCAGUUGUAUUGGCAAAGUGAUGGAGAGGAUCAUGAAGGACCGAUUGAUGCUGAUUUUGGAAGUCGUAUGUAUCCUUCCACGCCAUCAAGCUGA